AUGUCCAGCGCUGCGGAGGAGCAAGCGACUAUCUCGAUCCCCUCUCUCCUCUUCGUCACAGUUGUCAUAUUCUUUACAUACCGAUGGUGGACGUCCUCAUCCACGGGUACCGGCACGUCGAGUAGCGGGCGCAACAAUGGCUUGCGCUUCACGGCCGCUCAAGUCGAGCAGGUCUCGGCAAUGUUCCCACAGUUGAAUCGCCGAGACAUCAUGUGGGAUCUGCACCGGAACAGGGGCUCGGUGCCGGCGACUACAGAGCGAAUAUUGACGGGAAGAGGCUUGGAAUCGGCGCCACCAAGUUUCCAGCCGCCGAUAACGUUCACGACCACAUCUGCGACCACGACGAGCACUAGCUCGACACCCAAGAAGCCAGAGGUAGACCUCAUCACACGAUACAAUUUGCAGAGCAAGAUCAGCGAUAAGGGGAAAGAGAAGGAAGAGCCUGCGCCAUCACCUGGGUGGCAGACCGACAAAGCGGAGCGGCAGAAGAUGCUGCAGCGGCGCCGAGAAGAAAUGAUCCUGGCAGCGCGGAGGAAGAUGCAGAAGCAGGAUGCCACGCAGAGUGCACCCAGCUGA